AUGGAGCCGUUACGUGCAUGGUCAUCCACAUUUACGGUCUCAAGAAAGCCCGAUCAAGUGCGAAAAAUGAUCAGCAUCUGUCAAGAAAAACUGCUUCAAAUCAAGGAUCAAGAGGCGAAAGUGAAUCGUCUACAAUUGGAGUUGGAACAUUUGCAUCUCAGUUCGGAUCUCUCUGUUUCACAAAUGAAAAAAGCUAAUGACGCGUUCGAAAAAUUCGCUAAAGUAAGUCAAAUUUUCAGCCCUUUAAUCUAUCAGAUUCAAUCUUGA